CUACGGGCAGCGCCGCGGCUGCCAUGGCCGGGGAGGUGAAAACCAAGCUGUCCAAGAAUCUGCUGCGCAUGAAGUUCAUGCAAAGGGGUUUGGACUCACAAACUAAAAAACAACUCGAUGAAGAGGAAAAGAAGAUAAUUAGUGAUGAACACUGGUAUCUUGAUUUACCAGACCUAAAGGAGAAAGAGAGCUAUAUAAUAGAAGAGAGGAGCUUUAUGCCAUGUGAGGAUCUACUUUACGGUAGAAUGUCCUUCAAAGGAUUCAAUCCGGAAAUUGAGAAAUUAAUGGUCCAAAUAAACUCUAAGAGCAAGAAAGAAGAAAUUGAAGAGGAUGAUAAAAUGGAGGCUGAUGUGUCUGAUGAAGAAAUGGCCAGAAGAUAUGAAACACUGGUGGGAACAAUAGGGAAGAAAUUCAUGAAAAAAAGAGACCAGCGUGUUCUCCAUGAUGGAGAUGAAGAGGAGAACAGUAAUACAAGACCUAAGAAAGCUAGGAAAAUGUUCUUAAAACCUCAGGAUUAAUGUCAGCUGCACAACUGAAGCUAAUAGAAAUGUUGUCUACCGAAUAUAGCAAAUACGGCACCGAGAACUGAAGAUUGUUUGGAGUUUUUGCUAUUUUAUGUAAAAGAUAGAAUUGUAAAUCUGAGUCCAUUCUCGUUGAAAUUUCUGCUGUCCACAUAACAAGCAUUUUUUGAAGUGGAUGUGUAUAUAAUGGAUGUCAUACAUCCUUUCCUCACUAAGCAGCUUUUAACAUGUGGGAUAUUAAACCCAUCAGCUGUUUUUAAUGUUGUGCAUAACUAGGAUGAGUGUCAGCGUGCAAUCAAUAGCAACAGUAUUUAUAUUUUACGAUAACAUCUAAAAUAAGUAUUUGCAGUAAAGAUGAGCUUUGCUCAAUCCAAUCCAGUGACACAGUGCAGCUUUUGCUGCUAUUUUUAUUAUGAAAAUGAAAACCUUUGCUCUCCUCAAUUCAAAAAGCCAGCAGAAACAUUUUCUUUUUUAACUGCUUGACAAAUAAGCUGGGAAAAGAACAGAAACAAAAUCCAUUUUUCUAAUUUUAUUUUUUUAUAAAGCAUAUUUAAAAAUAGGAACUUAUAGCAAAGCUUUUCUUUUCCUAGAGCAAGGCAAAUAUUGGGCAAUGUUUCCAGUUUGACACUUGAGCAGAUUGUGAGUCUUUAAUUUCUGUCUUCCAAAAAAAGUUUGCUAAUCUUGUCUUUUUUUCCGUCCAAAAAAUUCCAAACUUAUAAUUAUCCUGAUCUUAACAUAGAAGCAUAAUAACGCUUUCAGAAUCAUGUUUGGAGAGCUAAUAAAAACUGAUUAUUUUUUUUUGUGGUUAAUGUUUGUGGUUUAACUAAUUUAAUGUUAAAAAACAAUUAUGCUUAAUACAGUCAGAUAGAAGAAAUGAUCCUGUUUUGUGCUGGCUGCGAAUGUCUCCAAAUAUUAGUUGACUGAGCUUUUUUCUGUUCAGCAUGUAACAAAGGCAACUGAAGCAAUGCUAGGACCCAAACAUCACAGCCUUUUGUCAGUGCUUUGGAAAACAGAAAAGUCAGUGUGGUUUUGUCUAAAAUCACAGCAGUUCUCUGCCUUCUUGCUUUCAAAAUGAAGUAGUUUUUAUCUAUUACUUUCUUCAUCUAGAUGUCUAAAUUACUCAUCCUUGAUGAUAGCUUUCUGGAGAAAAAAGAAUUUGUUAGAUUGUUGCAAGUAGUGACCAUUCCAUUGUGGACCCGAGGGUUCUUUUUUUCCCAUAUUUUAAAGAACUCAGUGAAACAAGACACAAAACUCAAUUAUAUGAAGAAAGAGUCUUAUGUCUAUUGGCAUGUGUGAUAUAUGAACUAUAAUCUGUAUAUCAAGAGCACCUUGUUAGAUAUUCAAGAUGGGUCACACAUGGAAAGAGAAAUACACUUCUAACCUAGUAAGGAAGCCUCGUACAGGUGGAAAGUCUGUGAUUCAUGAUCUGAGAUAGUUUUUCAGAGCUAAUUAAAUGCAACCGGUUGAAUUACUUAAAAUUUGAUCAUAUAUUAUCACUGGCUGAAAAGAAGUUAAUGAUGGCAAGACAUUUUUCUUCCCACGGAAGAUACGACCUGCGCUAAGAAAUGAUUUAUUGUUGGUCAUCACAAGAAAAACUCAGAAUGUAUCCUAUUAUUCUUUCUUGCUUAUUAGUAGGAAAAUGAUUCCCCCCUAUGAGAAUACGUUUCUUCAAUAGAGAAUUUCUACAUGACUGUGCUGGAUAGUUGAGGGAGGGGUCGUCUUUGAACCACCAGCAGCCAUGUUCCCACAACUGCCCUUCCCUAAGGGAAAGUGGAGUUUUCAGUGACAUUGUGUAGGGGAGUUUUGGGGUAAUUUUGGUAACUACCUGUGGCUCAGGUAAGCAUUUUGUGAAGUCUUGCUUGGUCGAGUCUAUAUGCAGUGUGUACUGUUGCACUGCACAAUUCUGUUCAGUCUGAUGAAGGGUAAUUUUGUGCAGCUGAAGUGUAUCCUGCCAUACCUGGGUCCUUAAUUUCAAGUCGUGUCCUGGUGAAUGGCUGGGAGUUUGAGUGGCAAGGUGUGUGUUUGUGCAGAGUGAACUCUCAUCAGCUUCAAAAAAAUCCAUGGUUUUGGAGUUUAAAAGGGAGGAAGGGUGCUUCAUUUGUUUCCUGAAAAUGCCUAACACCAACUGUGAAGACUGUAAUAUGUCAGGUCUUGGUUUACUGUCUUCAGAUCUGGGUGCUUUGUUCAUGUUUAGCUGGUGGGUCGGUGAGCUACUGAAAUGCUGUAGUAUGACCAACUACUCAGUUUUAGCACAAUCAGAUCUUAUCCAUGAGGAGUUUGUAAAGUGCAGUGUUAAGAUUCAUGGUACGUUACUACAAAUGAGGCAGAAUUCAAAAUCUUCCCAGUUCUUACUUUCUAAAGGUGCCUGUGUGUCCAAAGUUACCAGCAGGCAUUUAGAAUUAUGAUAGGAUCCUCAGAAAUACCCAUCUGUAUUUCCAUCUUUAUAAAUAUAAAUGUGUGUGUUUUUUUUUUUUUAAAUCAGACCUCUAGUUUUGUAGCCAAGGUAGAAACAUUGUGCUGUAUGAAAUUCCUAUUUGAAUUAUUCUUGACAGAGCUGUAAGUGUAGCAGUGAAAUAUUCAUACUGCAAACCUAUAUUAAUUCAAACUUUCUUGGCUCUGAAACGGUCUCAAAUGCAGAUCCAUUUUCAUGAACAUCUUUCUAAGCUGUAGAAUUUAAAACCCACGUGGUUCAUGUUUUCCAAAUGAAAAGUAGAGAUCUUUGAGAUCUAAAAGAAGUUGGGAUAAGUAGUAUUUUUGUUCC